GCGGGGGGAGCCGCGAGGUGAAGGCCGGGAAGGCCGCGGAGAGCCCCCCAAUCCCGCGCCGAGGCGGCGGCGGCGGCGGCGGCGGCGCGACGAUGAGGAUGAUGAAUACAUUGCAAAGUUUUUUUGGCCCCGGCGAGGGGUGUCAGAUUGAGUGCUCUGUGCGCAUGUGCGAAGGUGUCCAAACUGACAAUGCUGGGGAGAUGAAGAUAGUGUGCGGCUGCUUCUGGGCUCGAGGAGGAGGAGAGAGAUUCCGCGAGCCGACACCAUGCGAUCCAAGGCCAGGGCGAGGAAGCUAGCCAAAAGUGACGGUGACGUUGUAAAUAAUAUGUAUGAGCCCGACCCGGACCUGCUGGCGGCCAGAGCGCCGAGGAAGAGACGGAGGACAGCAUCCUGUCCCCCAUCCCCAUGGGGGCCGCCCUCCCCCUUCCCCACCAGCGAGGACUUCACCCCCAAGGAGGGCUCGCCCUACGAGGCUCCGGUCUACAUCCCCGAGGACAUCCCCAUCCCGCCCGACUUCGAGCUGCGAGAGUCGUCCGUCCCCGGGGCCGGCCUGGGGGUCUGGGCCAAGCGGAAGAUGGAAGUCGGGGAGCGGUUCGGGCCCUGCGUGAAGGAGGCGGACCUCGCCUGGGAGGUGAGCGGCGUCUGAGCGUGAUUGAUCGCGGUCAUUUGUCUCGUGUUCAAUCUAUUUAUAAAGCCGGGUGAGCAGCCGCGGCCCGGGGCGGGAGGCCCGGCGGGUCGGAGAGAGCGCUCCAAUGUCACAUUUCCCAGGGUUAUUUCAUCCCGAGGCUCGCAUGACGUGACUCAGAAAGCACUGGGGUCCCGCGGCCGCCGUCAGCCCCCCCACGGCCGCGGCGCGGUCUUCCCGGAAAUGUGUCUUUCAUGAGCUCACGUCUGAAGCACGCCGCGCCUCCCGAGGGACGGUAGGUCCGGCCCGCCCUGGACGCAGA